AUGAAGCUCUCGUUCUCUAUCAAGGCAAGGCCUAAGAAUACUCCUAAGCAUCCGAAGCAUAAGCCUGUACCAACGACAGAGCAGAGGACUCGUCUUGUUAGCAUGUCAGCAUCUGGUGUGAUGAAGACAGAUAAAGCACCCGCUCCAGAGCAUAAAGAAUUCAUAAUACCAU